CCAGUACCCAGACCUUACUUUUUGCCAUUCCCCGAAUACCCCUAACGAUAUGGAAACUUCCGUUCAUGUCCCGCCAAGUUCUCUGCAAGUGCUCGUCCGCCCAAGCAGCCCCGGCCGCCGCAGUCGUCGACAUGGCCAAGUACAAGGAAGCUUUCGCAAGACGAAUGGCCAUGGCCGGCCUCAAACCCCACCACCGCCUCGCUAUUGGAGUUUCUGGAGGUCCAGACAGCAUGGCCUUGUGCGUUUUAUCUGCCCACUGGAAAGCUCAAGACUUUAGUGAGAAAUGUGACAAUGGUGGCUUCAUUGACGGGCUUUUAGCAAUAAUUGUGGAUCAUGGGCUGCGCCCUGAGAGCAAAGAGGAGGCCAACACUGUCUCCAAUCGGGUCUCGAAAAUGGGAAUCAGAAGUUGCAUUGCCUGCUGUGAUUGGCCAGAUGGUCACCCAAAACAAGGUCACUUGCAAGAAGCAGCCCGUGACAUGAGGUAUGAAAUGUUUCAGAACAUCUGCAUCCAGAACCGGAUUGGUGUGUUACUUAUUGCACAUCAUGCUGAUGACCAGGCUGAGUUAUUUGUUCUCAGACUAUCUCGCAAUAGCAGUGUUCUUGGACUUGCUGGUAUGCCUUUCACAUCUCAAAUUUUCUCUACGCAUACCCAUUCUUGUACUGAAGUUUCCAGAAACCAUGGUAUUCUUGUUGUACGUCCACUCUUGGAUCUUGUGAAAGAAGAUAUGUACAAGAUAUGUGAAGGAAGUAAUCAGGUCUGGGUGGAAGAUCCAACGAAUCAAAGCCAGUUAUAUGCUCGUAACAGAAUUCGAUUAUUCUUAAAGGACUCAACAUGUGCAUUCAGGUCGGAGCUACAAGCAGUUGUUGCUGCCUGUCGCAAAAUACGCAGAUACGUUGAUCAUAUUUGCAGUAAUUUGAUAAGUCAAGCAGUGACUUUUACGGAUCUCGGAUAUGCUGUUAUUGAUUUGGAGAUUCUUAACCAAUCAGAAAUCGAGGACAUAUGCAUGACAAAGUUUAUUGCUUUGGUUUUGAAGUUCAUCUCACAAAGGAACAGGCCAAUUAGAGGUAGCACUUCAAAAUUGCUUUUGAAUUACGUGCGUACUUUACCAUGCAAGACCUCCUUUACUGCAGCUGGCUGCUACAUUUCUCCGGCUCCUGGUUCUAGAGGCAUGAAAGCUCUAGUUUGUGUUUCUGUCGAUAGUCCUCUACCUUUAAAAAUGGGACUAUCCCGCUUACACUUUCAGGUUGAACAGGAACACAGUACUCCAGAUGAGAUAGAGCAAAUUAUAUCAGAUAGCAAAUCGUAUGCAGAUUCGUUGGUUCCAAAUAAAUCAGAUGUACAUUUCUUGGAAGGAAAUCCUGAAUCAAUUCUAACCGGAGCCAGGAAACUCGGUAUGAUUAGCGAGUCAACCCAUACAAAUAUCCUUUUAUUGCACCAGGAAGAGAUUAAGAAUUUCAAGUCUAGUAAAGUCGCAGCUGACUACAAGUCAGAGCAUGGAGUCAAAUCUGCUAGUACAUCACGGAGCGAACAACUUCAACCUGGGCAAAUAUGUUGCUUCAUGGACCGAUUCUUUGUCAUGUGGAAUUUGAGUGAGGAAGAGACUGACGAUGCAACUUCCGAGGAAGCAAAUCUUGACAGGGUUUUGGAGGCAGAAAGUCGCUCCUGUUGUUGCAGAUCUUGUGGUUUUGGUCAUGACACGGUAGUUGAGGUGCGCAACAUGAUUGAACCUGAUUGGCUGUAUCUUGCCAACUUGUCAAAGUGUCAGACCUCGGAAAACUUUCAAGAACAAAGACAUUCUCUCGAUAACGGGCUAGAGCAAACAGAAGAGAAGACGAACAAGUGUCUAGAUUAUGCAAGGCUCUCGGCACAAAGAGCUCUUGUAUCCCUGAGGUCCAUCCCUCUCGCUGCAAGAAGAGGCUUGCCUGUCCUAGUCAACGGUGAAGGACUACUGCUAAGCAUCCCAAGCAUUGGCUUCAAACACUGCCCACGCUUAGCAACAUCUGCAACAUUCAAGCCGAAAGUACCACUUGGCGGAGGUCAUACUUCCUUCAUCUAGUCAUCCAGUCGCUGUACUUUCCAAUUCAGCCCCAUGUUGGAGUCAAUAUAUGACCCCAGCAAGCUUCAAACCCCAAUUUUUGUACUGCAUUUAGAUAUGUUGCAAUUUGCAUGGUUGGCUUACAUGUAUUUUACCCCAGCAAGCUUCAAACCCAAAAUUUCCAUUGGGGAAACAUUUUGUACGCUAAAAAAAAGUAUUUCUUGAGUCAAUAUACGAUGCGUAAAUCUACUUAUGAAGAAGAA